AUGCCACAUGCUCCAAGUCCAUAUCUACGUGCCAAUUUCUGGUCAAGGUUGUUUCACGGUUGGAUAUCACACUUGAUUGCGACAAAUCGAAACCACGGAGCACUUGACGCCGUCGAUCUCUAUGAACUUCUUCCUGAAUAUCAAUCUAAGAAGCUGACCGAUGACCUAGAAAAUAAUUGGUUAGAUGAGAAGAAAAGAUCGCCGAGAAAUCCAAGUUUGAUUCGUGCUACAAUUCGUACAAUGGGUUACAAGCCAGUCUUAACAGGGUUGCUGCUGAUUCCAUGGAUGCUUUGCUGUAUUGUUCUGCCGUUGUUCUUAACAUUUCUAAUGGACUUUUUCGAACCAUGCUCAACAAUGUCUGUUAGACAUGCAUGGUUUCUAACUUUUGCAUGCAUCAUCACGCCAUUACUUUCCAGUUUCUUCCUAAAUUAUUACAUGUAUCAUUGUCAAUUGUUGGGUUUGCAAAUGCGCGUUGCUUAUAGUGGUUUGAUCUAUCGGAAAACCUUGCGGUUAUCGAGUUACUCAUUGAAUAGUUUCAGCGCUGGUAGCGUUACUAAUUUGCUAUCGAAUGAUGCUGGUCAGAUUGAAGUCAAUUUGUGGUCAUUUAACUUCUUAUGGCUCACAUCUGUAGAUAUUUUGAUUAUUAGUUUAAUGUUCUGGCAUUUUGUGAAAUAUAUUACAUUGGUGGUUAUAUCUUAUACAAUAGUACUAGUAUUGUUCUACACUAUUUAUGGUCGUCUUUAUGCAUAUCUACAGAUGAGAGUACUGCGAAGAACUGAUGAGCGAAUUAAAAUGAUCAAUGAAUUGAUUAAAUCAAUGCGCAUUAUAAAAAUGUACUGUUGGGAAUCGAUUUUUGAGAAGAAAAUUCAUGACAUAAGAAGAAGAGAAAUAUUCGAACUCGCAAUUCUCUCUCUAACUGAUUGCGUGCACUAUUUUGUCUCGAAUUCACAAAUUAGCAUAACUUUCCUAAUGAUGUAUGGCAUAAUGUGGUCGAUGGAUAUUCGUUUCGAUACAAAAUUCUUUGCUAUUGCGUACAGUUUGCUAAGCCAUCUGGAGUACUUCAUUAUGUACUUUUUUACCAACUCUAUUCGAAAUUUUGCGAAGUAUUUGGUGGCAAGAAAACGAAUUCAGAAAUUUCUUCUAUUGGAUGAAUCGGAAAGAGAUCGCCGAUUAUUGUCAAGUUCAACUGCAGACGUAUUAAAUCAUGAAGAUCAGGUGGUGUACGAAAUAAAUAACCAAAAAACCUCGAUACAACGAACAACUUCGAUAAAAACGCGCUUUCGAGUUGAAUGUAACUUGAAACGAGCAUACUGGGAAAUGAAUCCAUCAUUUGUUCUUAAAAAUAUUGUCUUCGAUGCUCAACCAGGGAAUCUUAUUUGCAUCAUCGGAUCUGUAGGAUCUGGAAAGAGUUCACUUCUGCAGGCACUCACCGGUGAAAUCGCCUUUUUUCAAGGCAAAGUUCGGCUUCGUGGCUCGUUCUGUUACGUUCCGCAAGAGCCAUGGAUAUUCUCGUCUACAGUAAAGAAGAACAUCAUCUUUGGUAAAGAAUAUGACGGACACCUGUUUCGACGAGUUAUUCGAGCAGCAGCACUUGAAGCAGAUUUUGCUCAAUUACCAAAUGGCAUGCACACGACUGUUGGCGAUCAAGGUGUUACGCUAUCAGGAGGUCAAAAAGCACGAGUCAAUAUGGCGAGAGCGUUGUAUCGUGAUGCGGAUAUUUAUCUGCUUGAUGAUCCGUUAUCUGCAGUUGAUGCUAGAGUGUCGAAGGAACUGUUCGAGAGAUCAAUCAAAGAAUAUCUCGGCGACAAGAUCUGCAUCUUAGUUACACAUCAGAUUCAGUUUCUACAGCAUGCCACAAAGAUUAUUAUAUUGGAGAACGGUGAAAUGUUAGAAAAUGGGACAUAUGAAGAACUGCGUACAUCAUCACCGCUGUUUCGUAAUCUAGUCGAAGUCACUCAUCAACAAGAAGAAAAUGAAGAAACAAUCGAUUUUCCGUCGAGGAAAACAACUCGAUGUGUUACUUUCUCCGAAGCCGAAAUCGACGAGCUUCGAACAUCCAAAUUGAAUAUCGAGAAAAGUCAGCAAGGAUCAGUUGGUUGCUGGAUAUAUGCGUCCUACUUGCGAGCAGGUGCUGGCUUGACUUGCAGUCUGUUCUUAAUUGUACUGACUUUUGGUGGUCUCGAAGCAGUGUCCAUCUAUUUCAAUUGGUGGUUAGCAAAAUGGAGCGAAGAUCAGACCUACCGACAUCAACUGCGGAUCAAUUGUAGUGGAACAAAUAACAAAUUGCUGAAUCAGAUACAAGCAAUGAACACUACGACAUGGAAUAAUUAUCAAAAGGAAAGGUUUACUAUAUUUACAGGUGUUGGCAUACUCCGUAUUGUCAUAACUUUGGUAAAUGCACUUGUUGGAAGGUCUAUAUGCUUAAACGCUAGCCGUGUACUUCAUAAUAAAAUGUUUCGUCAACUUCUUCGAUGUCCUAUCUCAUUUUUCGACGUAAAUCCCAUAGGUCGUAUAUUGAAUCGGUUUACCAAAGAUGUGCAUACGAUAGACAGUGACCUACCGUGGCUGACGCACGAUUUAUUAUAUUGCAUUUUUCAAACUCUUGGUAUAAUCGUUUUUGUCAGUUGGCUCAAUCGUUGGUCACUCUUUCCAGCAGGAAUAGGAGUUGCUCUAAUGCUUUUCCUUCGACACCGUUUUGCUGGGUGUUCGAGAAAUCUCAAACGAUUAGAGCAUACAUCUCGAAGUCCAGUUUAUUCGUAUCUAACAUCUACUCUUCAAGGACUUAAGGUUAUUCGUUCCUAUCGUGCAGAAAAUAUCUGUUUAUCAGACUUUCACGCUUAUGCUGAUGACCAUACUCGUGCAAGCUAUUUGUUAACGAUACUUGGUCGAUGGGCAGCAAUUCGAUUUGAAUGGAUUGCAUGUUUUUUCAUUGUCUCAGCUACUAUACUUGCCGUAAUUGUUCGCAUCGUGGGUCAACGGCUCUCAGCCGCAGAUAUUGCUCUUACACUUCUGUACAGUAUAAAUCUAACUAGUACUUUUCAGUGGGGAAUCAGAGUAUCAGUUGAAGUUGAAACACAAAUGACUGCUGUCGAACGAGUACUCGAGUAUUGUGCACUCGAACAAGAACCACCUGCUCAACUUCCACCACAUCUCCCCUCACCUCCAUCCAACUGGCCCACAUAUGGUCGCAUCAUCUUCGAUAAUGUCUCCAUGNUUGUCGAACAAAAAUUGAAUAGAUUACGUAUAAUGGAUGACAUUUUCGUCAUAUAUUCUAGACAAUCAGUUGAAGUUGAAACACAAAUGACUGCUGUCGAACGAGUACUCGAGUAUUGUGCACUCGAACAAGAACCACCUGCUCAACUUCCACCACAUCUCCCCUCACCUCCAUCCAACUGGCCCACACAUGGUCUCAUCAUCUUCGAUAAUGUCUCCAUGUCACAUUCCGCAAACUCAUACACAUCACUUGCACUCAAUCGCAUCUCCUUGUCGAUCAAUCCUGCAGAAAAGAUUGGCAUUGUUGGACGAACAGGAGCGGGCAAGAGUUCGUUAAUCCAGACCCUUUUUCGCAUGGGCAUCAUUGUUCAUGGUCGCAUCAUCAUCGACGAUAUUGACAUCGAAACAGUUGGACUCGAUGAUGUUCGACGUCGAAUCUCGAUCAUUCCACAAGAUCCGGUGCUGUUCACUGGAACAAUGCGAAGCAAUCUCGAUCAGUUCGGUGACUAUUCUGAUUCGGAGAUCUGGUAUGCACUCGAACAGGUGCAACUGAAGAAAGUGGUGAAUGAUGUGAUGACGAAUGGUUUGCAGUCGUUGGUGAGUGAAAGUGGAUCGAAUCUGAGUGUUGGUCAAAAGCAGUUGGUGUGUCUUGCGAGAGCGAUCUUGAAGAAGAGCAAGAUCUUGGUGAUUGAUGAAGCAACUGCGAAUGUGGACAACGCGACGGAUGAAUUGAUCCAGCGGUCGAUUCGUGAACAGUUUCGAGAAUGUACAGUAUUAACAGUUGCUCAUCGUCUUCGAACAGUGAUUGACAGUGAUCGAAUAUUGGUACUUGGAAAUGGACAUGUGCUGGAAUUCGAUACACCUCAAGCAUUAGUUUCCAAUGAGAGAUCUCAUUUGAAUUCACUUAUUGAACAAACAGGAUCAAAGGAAGCGAAUUAUCUUCGAAUGUUAAUAAACGAGCCUAAAUCAAAUACACCGCAAAGGAAAGACGAAAGUGCCAUUAGCAAUGAAAAGUCACCGUUGAAUGACAGCGAAAAUGAACCCCUUCUGGCCUCAGCUUAUUGUGAUCCUAAAGUUUAG